GCAUUUUUUGGUGGUGACUGAAUACUAACGGCCUCGUUGUGCUGCAGCCUAAGUGCGGGAAAGACUGGCACUUACCCCACAGUCCUCAAUUUUGAAGCAAGUUGAAUAAAGGAGAACUAUAUGUGGCGAAAACGAAAAAGCAGAAAAACCCAAUCGAAAUUAGAGACCUUCUGACUAGCAGCUUCAGGAGCUGCCACGCUUCAGAAUUUUAUUUGGAAAGAGGAUAUGUCACGGAAAGUAUUUGAAAAAGAGAAAAAUAUGCAGAGGACACUCAUGGACCACAAAUUGGCUGUCAGCUUACUGCUCCUUGCCUUUCUGUAUCCCAUUACUGGUGUUACGGGCUACAGCUGGGAUCCCGGCCCCUACUCUAAUAGCGCCGAUGCCUCCCUGAUGUCGUGCAGCCCCGAGAAGCAAGCAGAUGUCCUGUCCAAAUGCAAUAACGACUUGUGUGAGGUAACACGAGUGGUUACGACGCUUCCCAACGGGGAACAACUUUGUAGCUAUUGCAUCUUCAACAUACUUCCUGAGCCUGAAUUCGAAGAGGAUGAAAGUUUCGUUGCCUUAAAAUUCGUGAAGGAGGAUCUACCUGCUUGUACCACCUGCAAAACUGAAAAGUAUCUGCUAGAUUUUGCUGGAAAAGUUGUACGCGGGCCUGAGAUUUGUACUGAAACCAUCAAAACAUCAGCACCAUCCGCGGUCGAGUUCCACGCAAGUUUCGAAGCUGCUCAGGGCAUAGCCAUGUCGUGGGAGACUCCGCACACUGCCUGCCCUAUUAGUCGCUACCAAAUUUCUCACUCAGUUCUUGAUCUCAACGACCCUCUCCAGACCAAGACGAUUCAAUCCAUUAACUUGGACAGCCACUAUUCAAACUACAUCCUAGACAAUGUGAAGCACAACUCGUUGUAUGAGGUGUGCAUGACUGCAGUCGCAGUCGGCGAAGAAUCAGGCCCGGAAACCUGCAAGUCCAUUUUGAUUCCAAAAUUAGGAGUCGAGCAGCUAGAAGCGAAGAUUGAAGCUGACCAGGGAAUUAAAGUGUCAUGGCAUCUUCCAAAAACUCUCAGCGAUCUCAUUCAUUACGACAUUUCCUACACGCAAAAGGAUCUUGGAAACAGUGACCAGCCCAAGACAGUAAAAAUAUUCAGAGUGGAGAGCAGUUAUUCUACCCACGUGCUGAGUGAUGUUCAGCCCAACUCGUCAUAUGAGAUUUGCGUCUUCGCAUUGCUUGAGAAUUCCUCCGGUGGAAAGACUUGUACAUCCAUAGAGACUCCGAACGAAAUCCUCGAGAGCCGCGGCCAUGCGGAGGAGUACAACAUGUACGCGGCCAUGCGGAGGAGUACGGCUGACGUCCAACCUUCCAAUGUCCUAGUCAUGGACGUUCCUUCGUCGGAAAUAAAGGCAAUUAUGGACAAUUUCUUGACUGAGAAGGAGAAGCUGAUUCUUCUGAGUGGAGCCGGUUAUGAUCAGUCAAAAAGCAACAGCAAUGGAGUGAAUCCACUACCUGUUCAGGGCCUGAUGACCGCAGCCGUUUUUCUGUUAACAGGGGUACUACUGUGAGUUGCUUUCAGGCUCCACGGAUAAGUUCAAAGUUGUAAGCCCUCACACUAGGUGAUAUCGCACGCGCUUAUAAUGACGUGCAUGGGUGAGUGAUAGGUACGGAAUAGAAAAUAGUUCCGUGCCACAAAAAUGACUAAAAACUAGAUCGAAACGUCGAAGUAGGAAAUACCUUGCAUUAUUGAUUCUAAAUAUUGAGAGUGCUUACACGCACAGCUGUCACAUUUCUUUCAACUCGACUCGCAAUGAAGAAAAAUAAAUAUGCAUAGAAGAUUCAAUUAAUUUCAAGACAUUUAAGAAGAUUCAUUAUGCAAACGGUUUACCUGUUGUUAAAUAUGACAAAUCUAAGAAGAAUAAUUCUACGGUAUUCUGAUCUCCUGUGAUGCAUUGUUUAGGGUGGGGCUGUGUACAUUUAAGAUUGCCGCUGAGCUUAACCGGUUGCCUACUUCCUAAAUUUGAGAGCUACUUUUACAAUGCCUUCAUUAUUUGCAUGGUGAUUUCAUCAAAUUCAUUCCUUUAGCCCGAUUAGACGUCAAGGCCUCGGUACAAUAGUAUCUAGUGAAUACGUUGUUGGGGACCACCUGGUUCUCAUGAACUGUUUAUGUGAAUAAAAAUCUUCAGUGGUAUAUACACUAUAGUUAACGCCACGAAAAAGUUUCACACAUUAGCCAGCGUGAAAAAUCGUUCAGCGUAAAAUACAGAGGCUUAGACCGCUCUCCACCUGUCCAAUAUCAUCAUAAUAUCCGGCCAAUUUUUUGGGUUUCCGAAAUAGUUUGUCAUUCGAAUUUGAUCGAAUGUGAUUUUAAUUUGGAGUUUCCCCGAGACAAUUUUAAGGGGAGCGUCUAGGGUAAAAUUUUGGA